AUGACUGAUAUGGUUGGAAUUCUAUUCCAAAUAACCAUUGAUCCUACAGUAUCAUCAACUCCAUUCGCCUCCAUCCAGGAGGUGAGCUAUUAUAAAGAAGAAGAGGAAAUUCUCUUCACCAUGCACACGGUGUUUCGCAUUGGUGAAGUGCGAAAAAUUGACAACAAUCGUCCACUUUAUCAAGUCGAUCUUAAACUUACGUCAGAUGAUGAUCCACAACUUCGAGAAUUAACUGACUUUAUACGAAAAGAGGUCAGCGGCACUGGAUGGCGUCGAAUGGGUAAAUUGUUACUACAAAUAGGUCAAUUUGACAAGGCCGAAGAACUAUAUCUGGCACUACUGGAACACGCAUCGGAUGAUAGUGAUAGAGCACACAUCUAUCACCAGCUUGGAGUGAUGAAACGAAACCAAGGACAAUACGAAGAAGCAGUUGCAUUUUACGAACAAUCUCUGAAAAUCUACCGAAAAACUCUUCCGGAAGAUCAUCCUUCAUUAGCUCCUACGUACAAUAAUAUUGCUCAAGUGUAUAACGACAUGGGUGACUACUCGAAAGCACUUGAAUUUUACGAAAAAUCACAUAAAAUCUUCGAAAAAGCUCUGCCUUCGAAUCAUCCUGAUUUGGCUAAGUCCUACAACAAUAUCGGUCAAGUGUACAAUAAUUUGGGUAACUACUCCAAAGCUCUUGAAUUCUAUGGAAAAGAUCUCGAAAUUAGGAAGAAAGCUCUGCCUCCAACACAUCCUGAUUUGGCUAUUCCCUACAGUACUAUCGGUCAAGUGUAUAAUAACAUGGGUGACUACUCGAAAGCACUUGAAUUUUACGAAAAAGAUCUAGAAAUCACAAAAAAAGCUCUGCCUUCGAAUCAUCCUGAUUUGGCUACUUCAUACAGCAACAUCGGUCAAGUGUAUAAUAACAUGGGUGACUACUCGAAAGCACUUGAAUUUUACGAAAAAUCACAUAAAAUCUUCGAAAAAGCUCUGCCUUCGAAUCAUCCACAUUUGGCUACUUCAUACAGCAACAUCGGUCAAGUGUAUAAUAACAUGGGUGACUACUCGAAAGCACUUGAAUUUUACGAAAAAUCACUUAAAAUAAGAGAAAAAGCUCUGUCUUCGAAUCAUCCUGAUUUGGGCUAUUCGUACGGCCAUAUCGCUACAGUGUAUCGCGGCAUGGGUGAUUACUCAAAAGCACUAUCAUUUGCAGAAAAGUCACUUGGUAUCGUACAGAAAUCACUUCCAUCAACACACCCUCUAUGUCAACGAAUGACAGAUAUCAUUAACGAUAUAAAAAAGAAAAUGUAA